AUGUACGCCCUGCGCCCGGCGGAAGCAAUUGGCUGGGGAUAUCGACACGGUGAAAAUGACUUAUCUAUUUCAGAUGCACCAGAGAUAAGCGAGGAGCAAAGACCAGUGGCAGAUGGAAUGAACAGACAGAAAACAGCCCAUGAGGAACGUGGGUUACGUUCAGCAAUUGAUGCAGAUGAGUCUCAAGGAGAGCAUUUACCUCAGACCGAGUCUCACCAAGAUGGCCUAUCCACGUCGGUCCUGCAGAAAGUGAUCUCGAACAACAAGGAUGCCAUGAACAUCCUCUUCGAGGCCGCCCUCCAAGAAGAAUCCAAUGAGGCUGGCCGCCAGGAGGAGAGACCGAAUCCGCGCGAUAUCUCUUCUGCUCCGUCCACAAUCCGAGAAGUCACCGAACCGGACGUGCUGCGGAUCUGGAAUGCCUGUCGCUUUGUGAAAAUGGGAUGGUUCUCUGCCCACGAGGCGAUGGUCCUGGUCGACCUCUUUUUCGCCAAUAUGAAUCCCCUUUCUCCCAUUCUAACAGACUUCUUCGCCUCCCACACCAGCCAAUUCUUUCUUGUCACCCAAGAACCAAUGCUCUGCUGCACCAUCCUGAUGAUCUCCUCGCGAUAUCACACGCUUCCCGGAGCUGGAGGGUGCUCCCGCGCAUUUUUUAUUCAUAACAGGCUGUGGCAGCAUUGUCAGCACCUCCUAUUGAGACUCAUGCUUGGCCAGGAAAAGAUAUCCAAGGCAAAGACUCGAAACAUUGGGAGUAUCGAAGCUCUACUGUUGAUGGCUGAAUGGCAUCCACGGGCCCUGCAGUUUCCUCCGGACACAGAUGGCUGGGAUUCAGACUUUAUCUUGACGAACCCAGAUGGCCGGGAUCCGCCAUCGCGGACAGAGGAGAUGCCGGUCUCGGAUCGGUGGAGAGAGGAUGUGGUCGAGCCCACGAAGCGAUUCGAACGCAUGUCCUGGAUGGCUCUCAACUCCGCUUUGGCCCUCGCACACGAACUGGGCGUGUUUGAUCUCGGUCUCUGGCUGGAAAAACAGGAUGAUUCGAUGGGAGCCGAUGCUGAAAUGUAUGUGGAGCAUUUGGAAAGGCGGCGUGAACGAAUCCCAAGCCUGCUAUUCGUGUUCAUUAAUGCGUUGUCCUCGCGCAUCGGAUGCACGUCACCAAUGCCUUCGCAUGCUAGUCUUGUCUUCCAAGAAUUGAUAGGGUCAUCGCAGUCCGACAACAGCAAGGAAUGGUUGCGAUUUAUGGCUGCAUGGAUCGAGUUAACGAAGCUGACUACCGCGGUCACGGAUAGCUUUAAGUCAUUGAUCAAUUUCGGUUGGCCCUCUGGCAUGGCAGAUACUGCGUUAGAGAUUUUGGAGGGAAGGCAGAUCUCACUUGCUAAUUGGCGGCAACGAAACCUCCGCAGUACAAGACCCGGAUCGACGUUCUCAGAUAUCCUGUUUAUUGAAUACCAGAAUCUCCGCAUUUUGAUCAAUUCUAUAGGAAUGCAGCGGAUUGUCCAGCGGGUCUUGGUAGAGUUCCCAUUUAUGAGGGCCUCGACCAUCGACUCAACUUUUCUAGAAGAGGCGCGAAAGCUGAACAUGACGGGGCGAGAGUAUGGCUUUAUCGAAGAGGUGAUCGAUGGCUGCUGCCAAACACUUGAGAAAGCCACUGCUCUCGCCGACACAGGAAUCUUGCACUACUCGCCCAUGCGAUUGUUGUUCCGCACAAUCAGCGCCUCAAUCUUCCUUCUGAAAGCCCUUGCCCUCGGCGUGCGCAAUGGGAAACUACAAGAAGCCCUACAGAUCCUCGACCGAGCUAUUGCCGCGUUGCAGGAUACUGACCAGCACGACGACGUCCACCUGAAAACGCGCUAUGCAGACCUGUUAAAGACACAAGUAUCUCGUCUGCAGAGGAGUCUCGCGUCUUCGUUCUCUGUAACCUCUGGUCUCAACGAAAUGCCUUCGUCUACUUUCUUUCCUGUCUCUAACUACGGCGAGGGUGUCAGUGAUUUCACGAGUUCUAAUAUGAAUGAUUGGAUCGCUUUGCCCUUGGAUCCGUCCAUGGCCCCGUUCAAUUCUUCGGAUGGGAUUGUCGAGGCCCGGCUCGAUGGAAUUGGGUUAGACCUUGAUUUCCUCUGGCAGUUGCCUCCGUGA